AUGAAACUUUCUGCUAGUGACCUUGCCAUCCCAACUGGCUCUGUUGUGCUAGUCACGGGCGCAAGUGGUUUUAUUGCCACUCAUAUCGUCGAUCAAUUGCUUCUUGCUGGCUACCGUGUCCGUGGUACAGUUCGAGACGAGAAGAAAGUAGCAUGGACCACAGAAUUAUUCACAGAACGCCAUGGUGCUGGAAAAUUCUCCGCUGUUAUCGUUCCAGAAAUGUCAAUUGAAGGGGCCUUCGAUGAAGCCGUGAAGGGCGUCCAGGGCGUGGUUCAUAGCGCUGCGGUUAUGACAUUCAGCCCAGACCCAAACGAAGUUAUCCCGGAGAGCAUAGCUGGCGCUACCGGCAUUCUUCGAUCCGCUGCCAAAGAAUCAUCUGUGAAGAGCUUUGUCCUCACGUCCAGUAGCAUGGCAGCUGCGGGAGGGGUCCCUGGGCCUAAUAAGCAUUUCAGCAUCGAUGCUUCGACUUGGAACGACGGGCAGAUUAAAGAAGCAUGGAGUGUUACUUCGGCCCCUUUCCCUCCAACUCACAGCUCUGUGGUGUACGGUGCGAGCAAAGCAGAAGCCGAGAAGGCUUUCUGGAAGUUUGUGGAGGAGGAGAAACCAUCAUUUAAGGUUAACACGAUAUUGCCCGAUGCAAAUAUGGGCGGAAUACUAAGCUUGCAAGGAAGCUUGAGCACGGGAAACUGGAUCAGGAUGUUCUAUAAUGGUGCUGUUGAUUUUGUGAAGGGCUUGCCAUUGCAAUGGUACGUGAACGUCGAUGAUACGGCGCGUAUUCACGUGGCUGCAUUGGUUUCCAAGUCUGUCCAAAAUGAGCGCAUCUUCGCGGUUGCUGCCCCCUUCAAUUGGGGUCAGAUCCAAGCUAUAUUUCGGAAGCUACGUCCAUCCAAGUCGCUCCCAGAGGUUAUGCUAGGUGCAGAGCUGAGUAACAUGAAGGUGCCAAAUGAGCGAGGAGAGCAGCUCUUGAAGGAUGUUUUUGGGCGUCCAGGCUGGAAUAUUCUCGAGGAAACCGUAGCAGAAAACAUCAAGGAUCUGGCUUAG